GUUCAACGAGAAGUGACCUGCAGCGAAAACAACGCCUCUAUUUUUUUCUCGAAUUAUAAAGUUGCUUUAACCACUGGAGAGUGACAUCAGUCCCCACAGACUGCACGAUGGUCAACCUCUGCUGCCUUUGCUGCGGUGAAAUCCCUCAACCCCGCCCCCCUCCGUCCGGCCAGCAGGGACCACCGCGGGAUCCCCGCUCCGUAAAGCAGCAACAGCAGCAGCCUGCUGGCUCCGGCCCAGGCGCUGUGGGGCUGAAGGAGGCACAGAAAAAAGAGGGAACAAACAGGGGGAGCAGAGUAAGUGAAUAAGAGGGUCUGAGUUUGCAACUGACAUGCGAAAAGUGCAGCAUGCUCUCUUCCGAUCUGGACCCUGCAGCGGAGGAUACAGCGGCCAGCGCUGCCAAUGAUGCUGAGGGAGAGGAGCAGGAGGAAGAGGAGGAGGACUCACCGGCCCAGAGUGAUGUCCUGGAGGAGGAGCAGCAUCCGAUGAAACAGUCUCUGGGUGCUUGUGUCUGCCGGGACUCCCACUGGCGCUGCCUGCUCCUCUCUCUGCUCAUGUACGGCUGCCUGGGCGUGGUGUUCUGGUGCCAGGUGACACGCGUCACCAAGAUCAGCUUCAACCCAGCUAUCACCUCUUCCUUCACGGCCUCCUUCACCUCUUCCCUACGUGGGGCCACAGGGAUGGGCAUUGGAGGACACUCGAUGAUCUACCAUGACAGUCCCUGCUCUGACGGCUACAUCUACAUCCCUCUGGCCUUCCUGCUCAUGCUCUACGUCCUUUACCUGGCCGAGUGCUGGCACUGCAGAGCCCGGAGCGAGCUGCAGGCCAAAGCUGACGUGGAGAGCGUGUAUGAGCGAGUUCUGCGGAUGCAACAGGCGCAACCUUGCAUUUGGUGGAAGGCGAUCAGCUACCACUUUGUGCGACGGACUCGGCAGGUCACACGAUAUCGUAAUGGUGACUCCUACACUACCACGCAGGUUUACCAUGAAAGAGUAAACACACAUGUAGCAGAAGGGGAGUUUGAUUUCAGCAGAUGUGGGAUGAAAGAUGUGUCUAGAGACCUUAAAGGUUUGGAGGGACAUUCAGCAACUCGGCUACGCUUCACAAAAUGUUUCAGCUUCACAGAGGCCGGUCCAGAAAAUGAUUACCUCAACCAGAGAGCGAGAUUCUUCUCUGAAAUCGAGGGUUUGGACGAUUACAUGGAAGCCAGGGAGGGGAUGCAGCUGAAGAAUGUAGACUUUAGGGAAAAUCUGAUGACCUAUGCCAACCCGGAGAGGAUGCCUUGGUACACCUCCGAUGUUGCCUUCUGGCUGGCGGCUAUAUUGAUGUUGUCCUGGCCUCUGAGGGUGCUGGUGGAGUACCGCACUGCUUAUGUGCACUACCGUAUAGAGAAACUGUUUGGGUUGGAGUACAGCCCCAGCAGUCCCUCUCCUCUGGAUGAAGACAGGCCUUUAAGGAAUAACCCCAGCUGUGUAAUUCCAAGGGUAGACACUUUUGACAGCACUGAGAUGGAGUGGCACAUUCGCUGUAAUCGUCAGGUGAUUCCAAGCUACUCCGAGGCCAUGCUGCUCAACAUGAGCACGGCAGACUCCAACUCACAACAGGACACAGAAAACACCUUGUCCUCAAACUGCUUCCUCCUGGACUCCUCCACUCAGAGCUACGGCGCCCUCCAAAGCCAGGAUGACCCCGAGAGAUGCAGCGAGCCGAGCCGACAAGGAGGAAGGACGAGGACCAUCACCAGCUCCAGCUGUUCCUCCAUCUUCUCCUGCCGUGGAGCGCUAUUCCACUCCCAGCUCUCCUCCAACACAUCUCGCUUCUCCUUGUGCCGCAUGUACGGCUCGCAUCGCACCGUAGCUCUGUGGAGGAGCCAUAGCAGCAACCUGACGGAGCCCUGCUGCGUGGACGAGCAGUGCUGCAGGUCUGACUCAAGUCAGCUGGCACUCAGUGACAGCCCGCCUACUUACAGGGAUGCCCGGUUCUUCCCUGUUCUCAUUGUCCAUCGAUCUGAAGGCUGCGGUAGCGAGGAUGGGAGAGAAGUGAGGCGGUAUUAUAUACGGAGGGGGUCGUCCUGUGUGGAGACAUCUCUGUGAUCACUAUGGGCGGACUCAAAUCAGUAGUACUGAAAGGUGGAAUUACUAAUAUACAAGUUUCUAAUGUCUUUUUUAUAGCUAUAGAAUUGGUACAUCAGUAAAAUGCAAUCAAGUGGGACAUACGUGACACUGAUACAUGAGAACUGCAUCACUUUAACUCCC